AUGGAUUCGGACGACUCAUCCGAUGAUGAAUACUGGGGGUCUUACACACGGACUCCGCAGGAGAACUUCAGUAUUCCGUCUUUGCAACAAGCUCGUAUCCAGCAGUGGCCGCCGGAUGAUCGACAAGAGUCUAACAGCUUUGGCGAAGUUGCCCAGUCACUGGACAAGCAAGUUUCUGGCGGCAGUUCACUGUCGACGACUUGUUCACAGGAUGCAACGGAGAUGCAGGCGGAUGCCAUUGUUUCAGUCGACAAUCAGACGUUCAAAUUGCAUAACCUGCUCGGGUUUGGGAGUUUUGGCUCGGUUUGGUUGGCAAGCUGCAUUACAUCCGGAAGGAUCGCUGCGUUGAAGGAAGUGCAGAGCUCUUCCAAAGAAGGCAUGGAGGCCGCAGUGCUGGAGGCAAAGCGCCUUCGUAGUCUUCGCGAUUUAAUACAGGACGAUAGAGCUUGUGCAGCUCUUCCCUGCUUGCUGUGCGCUGGAACAUCUCUCACCAGUACAGGCUACCGUACGCUCCUGGCGAUGGAGCACAUACCAGGUACACCUCUUCAGCAGGCCCUAGAGGCUGGCCAGCUGUGUGCACACAAACUGCACCCCAUGGUGCAGGCAUUCAAAGUGGCUGAGCGGAUGCUAAGUCAGAUCUCUGCUGCCAUGUACCACGUGAGCAAACGCUUCUUCCAUCGCGACGUCAACUCCCACAACAUCCUCGUCCAGGUUUGUACCGGGCAGCUCAGCUUCGGCUUGAUCGACUUCGGCUUGGCCGUGGACUCCGAAACCUGGAGUGCCGGCGCCUGGCGUGCUGUCGGGGCGGCUGGCGAUGGACGUUACUGGACGGUGUCUUCUUGGCUGCUCUUCUCACGGGGAGCAAGCGCUUUAGCCGCCGACCAGGACUUGCAGUCAGAGUAUGCUUCCAUGAUUGAUCUGCACUCCGUGGGUCUGAGCGUUCUGCAGACCCUGGUGGUUCUCGCAGAGGAGAGCUCUGCGGUUUCGACGACUUGCAAGGAAGAGGCUUCGGUUUUCUUAGCAAUGGAGCACCUCGCAGAGGUCUGGAAGCAGUACUGGCACCAUGCAUCGUCCUUCUGGCAACGAGUACUUGAUGCCUUCAACAGUGAUGCGCGCAGCGAAAUCAAGAUGAAGCUUGCAGAGGAGAUGGUCCAUGAGAGCUUCGGCACCUACUUCCAUCAGCUGAGAGCAGCUCUUGAGAAGGUGCAUGCUUCUCUUCGGGACCUUGGUGAUGGCACGGGUGGCAGCUUUCUGCUUGUCAAUGCGAAUCUAGCUCGCAGCAUCAUCGAGGCCGCCAUGGCCCUCGGCCUUGGAGAGGCCAAGCAGGUUGGCAAGAGGCCCUUUGGUGAGGCAGCUCUUUUCCAAGGAGCCGGCAUCAGGCGGGUGGUCCUUGCAUCGGGCACGGGUGUCCUGGAGGAGCAGAUGGGGAUGCAGUGCGUACCGCACAUGCCGGCAGAGUUCACACUCUUUGUCGAAGCAUCCAAGUCCAUGCAGAGGUUCGCAACGAAUCUCUGUUCCAUCUUUCACGGCAUGUCUGAGCGGCAGCCAACGAUUCGCCAGCACAGUCGACGUUUGAGAGUCAGCCAAGAGCUAGCGCCGCUGAUUGUCCCAGUGGCGCGGGAGCAGGUUCAGCAGGAGUCUGUCUUCGAGAGCAAGCCGCAACAGAGCAAGGCUGACACAAACUAUGGAUCCAAGUCUUCAGGGACGGAGGCAGCGCAGUCCGUCUUCGAGUCGCAGCCGAAGCAAAGCUCUGCAGAGGUAAGCCAUGCUUCAGCUGCCGCGCCAGCAGAUGCUGCGCAGUCAACCUUCGAAAGCCAGCCAGCGCAGUCCAAAGCAGAUACCGCGUAUGCGGCUUCUGCUGCAAGCGCAUCAGAGCCGUCCGCUUUCGAAAGCAAUCCGCAGCAAUCGAAGGCUGCUGUGGGCUAUGGUCGAGCGGAUGCGCCAAGUGCCGGUGAGGUGCAGUCGGUUUUCGAGAGUCAGCCGCAGAAGAGCAAAGCCAUGGUGACGGCCGCCGACAAGGCGCCUCCGGCUGCUGGGGACGGCCAAUCUGUCUUCGAAAGCAAGCCUGCGGAAAGUAAAGCAGAGACAUCCUACUCCAAAGCUGCCUCCGCCGCGGAUCAGUCACAGUCGGUGUUCGAGAGUCAACCGAAGCAGUCCUCUGCUAUGGUGAGCCACAAUGACAAGACCUCCGCGCAGGGAGCGGACCAGUCUGUCUUUGAGAGCCAGCCGGCACAGAGCAAGGCUGAAAUCGGAUACGGCCGAAAUGCUGCUGCCUCUGACCAGGAGCAGUCCGUCUUCGAGAGCAAGCCUGCCGAGAGCAAGGCUCAUUACAAGGCCGGUGCUGCCGUCGAUGAGGAGGAGUCGGAGUACGAAACGGAUGAAGAAGGAUGA